AAAGAUCCUCAGUAUUGAUUGAUUACUCAAACAGUUUCUGAUUGCAUGAACAAGGUUAAAUUCUGUAAACCUGUUUUAUGAUUCCAUUUUUGUCUAUUUUCUACUAUUUUUCGAUGUUCAGAUUAGAUGUCUAUAACUCCGCAUAAUGGGCUACCUGUGCUAUAAAAUCAGUUGUAAAUCAACAACUGAAUGAAAUGUGUCAUAAAAUUGGCUACUCUCCUGAUUGGUGCUAUCUGGUUCUGUCACGAAAGAUUGAUAAACUGUCUUAUUCACUUUCUAACACUCGGCUAUCGUUUUGUGGAACACGAAAUUGGAAUAGAUAAGGCCCCGUACAGUGCAUUACUGGAGUAAUAAAUGAUUUCUUAUCGGAUUUACGAAAUGAAAUUCCAGAUCGAGUCUUAUAUAAAUAGCACCAUGGAAUAGACCUUUGCGUAUAUUCGUUGACGGUUGUUCGUUAGAAAACAAUCGUUAAAAAUGGCAUUAAGUCAGAAUUUCUUGUGCGUCAUACUGGCUGUUGCACUAGUCCAGGCAGAAAUAGUGAAAGAUCACCAAGAAAAUGUACGAUAUUCACAAUCGGAUGAGUUUCCACAGGAACUAAGUGGACAGUUUGAGGGAGAUAUGGUGCUGAGUGAACAACAGCAGCGCUUUCUUUGGAGCAACAAGCGUACCACGUUGAUCGGCCCAUCACAACGUUGGCCCGGAGGGAUUGUUCCGGUUUCGAUUUUCGAGUCACAUUUCACUUCUGCACAAGUCGAGCAAAUUGACAAAGCCAUGCAGCUUAUUCAGUCUCACAGCUGUGUUAAAUUUGUGAAGCGAACUGUUGAGCGUAGUUUUGUAAACAUCACUGGGGAUGAGCUUGGAUGCUAUUCCUCUUUGGGAUAUCACGACAUCGGUCAACAAAUUCUCAAUGUGCAUCCGUCUCCUGUUGGUACAGGGUGCUUCAAAUUGGGUGAAGUCGCGCAUUUAUUACUACAUAUACUAGGUUUCGUACAUCAACACUCCGCCUUCGAUCGAGAUGAGUACGUGGACAUUGUGUGGGACAAUAUAGACCCGACCAAGGUGACUAAUUUCGACAGAUUUUCAAAUAACCUUGUGCAAGACUUUGGAGUUCCGUACGAUUAUGACAGCGUGAUGCAUUUUGACGAGACGGCCUUCAGCAAGAACGGCAAGCAGACAAUAGUGCCGAAGGAUCCGAAUGCUCGAAUCGGUCAGCGCGAAGGUUUAAGUGAUGGAGAUAUACUGAAGUUGAACUUUAUGUACGAAUGUGCCAAUAAAAAAUAGCGUCGUAGUUUCAGUAUCUAUCAGCUGAGGAAUGUGAACUACUUUUAGAAGAUCUAUUCUAAGUUUAGAGUUUGCAAUCUCCGUUAGAAGUAGAUUUAUUUUUUUGAGGAUUUAUGAUUGUUUCCAGAUAAUAUUUGUUACUCCUAUAUGCAUUUCCUACAGUACUAAUUUCAUUAAAACAAAAUCUGAGAGCUGUUUC